AUGGUCAAGCUAUUCGGCCAACGCUCCUCGGGGGACGGCUUCCAACGCGCCCAGCGGGCCCAGGCAGAUGCCCCCAAAUUCGAGAAGGUAACCUGGUACAAGGAACCAAACCUAAGACAACUCUAUUUUCUGUCCAUCUUCCUCCUUAUCGGCUCAGCGACAACUGGAUACGAUGGCCAGAUGGUUAAUACAUCGCAACAAAUGGACAAGUGGAAGGCAUACUUCCCCGAGUAUCAGGAUGCGAAUAAGCUCGGCAUAUUGAUCAACAUGUACAACAUUGGCUCCAUCUUGUCCCUCUUCAUCGUCCCACAUAUGGCCGAUGCCGUUGGUCGUAAGAAGACGAUCGUGGUUGGCUGCGUCAUCAUGAUUACUGGAGCCUUUGUGGGGGCAUUCUCCAACGGCUACGGAAUGUACCUCGCUGGCAGGUUUGUCCUUGGAUUUGGCAACUCAAUGGCUCAAAUGUGCUCCCCGCUGCUCCUCACCGAGAUCUGUCACCCGCAACACCGCGGUCCGCUCACCACUGUCUAUAACUGCCUUUGGAGUUUGGGCUCUCUCGCCGUCUCAUGUGUGGGAUGGGGUACUGCAUCUAUUGGGAGCGACUGGUCGUGGAAAUCGAUCACUCUAAUCCAAGCGCUGCCAUCCAUUAUACAGCUGACAGGCAUUUGGUGGUUGCCGGAGUCACCGCGCUGGCUCGUCAGUAAGGAUAGGGCUGAUGAAGCUCUUGCAGUGCUCGCCAAGUACCACGGGGGCGGAGAUGCUAAUAAUGUCACCGUGCAAUUCCAGUUCCGGGAGAUGAAGGAGACGAUCCAAGGCGGGAGCAAGAACAACAACACAGCCUACCUCGACUUUUUCAGGACUAAAGGCAACCGCUGGCGUUUGGCCAUCAUCAUCUCGCUCGGUAUUAUCUCCCAGUAUUCUGGCAACGCCCUGUUCUCCAACUACAUCGAUAUUAUUUACCAAGGCGCCGGAAUUACGCAGCAGAAUAAAAAGCUAGCACUCUCUGCAGGGAAGUCGAUUCAGGACCUUCUAGUUGCCGUCACUGCAGCACUCACUGUUGACCGUCUUGGCCGGCGACCCCUCUUUCUAUUCGGAACCAUUGGAAUGUUUUCGACCUUUGGACUUUGGACUAUUGUUGGGGCCGUCUAUGAAAACUCCGCCGUAACGCUUGCAGACGGCACCAUUUCGUACCCUAACCAGACUGCUGGCAACGCUCAAAUCGCUUUUGUCUGGCUCUUCAGCGUGUUUUACCAUAUUGGCUUUGCCGGUCUAUUGGUGUCGUACGCGCUGGAGAUUCUUCCAUAUCACCUUCGUGCCAAGGGCAUGACGAUUCUCAACAUUACGGUCCAAGCCUUUUUAGCACUCGGAAACCAAACUAAUAAGCUGGCGUGGAACAACCUUCCUCACCAUUGGAAUUUUAUGCUCUUUUACACAUUGUGGAACUUUUGUGAGAUGGUUUUCGUUUACUUUGUCUAUGUUGAGACCCAAGGUCCUACCCUUGAGGAGAUUGCUCGAAUUUUUGACGGCGACGAAGCUCUGGCUGUUAUGGACCUCGAGCAGUUGGAGAAGGAAGUGCAAAUUACGACUCACGAAGAGGUCGUUGAUGAGAAGAAACACCUUUAUACCGCAGGAGCAUUGCCUACCGGGGGCAGAGAAACUCCCCUUCGAGUGUAUCCACAACUAUUAAGCCAUGCUCGGGACAAGUGUAGACCGGGCUUCGGCGAGAGAGAUUUGAUGUCUUUCAAGAGAGCUGCAGCUGCCUUCCCCCAGGGUGACCAUCGCCAACCUUCAGCUGUGGUCAGUCACCUUCAUUCCUCUUACCCAACCAACCCCAAGAGAAAGACCACUACUGCAAGGUCUUCAGCUUCGUCGCUCCCAGUAAUGUCAACUCAUUCAGCUCCGAUAUCAAGCAGUUCUUCAACUAUAUCACGGCCAACAAUGCGUUCCCCGCCAGCAGCCAGUACCUGCUCAUUUGGCACAGAGCCUAUCACCGGCGACGAUGCUAGAUUCAUCGUCGGUCAUUCGUCGGUGGUGUCAACUAAGGACUGGUACCUCUCGUCUUUGGCUCAAACUACGCAAAACGGUUGA